CAGCAACAUCGCAAACCAUCUCUCUCAAGCUCCAUUGAACCAACCCGCGACUCCAGGUUCCAAGCGCAAGAGAUUCACAGCCAUCUCUCGCUGAAAGACAAAGAGUCCAGCACUCGCGCCGCGCUUCACCAAGGCUGCGCGCGAAGCAAUCAGUCAAAACCAGCUUUCCGCCACGAGUCUAAACAGCCUUUCACAAUGGCCUCUCUGGCCGAGCAAAGCUUCAGCAUGUUCCCCCAGCAGCAGGAUGAAUACACCCACUUCGAAUCAUCCCACGUCCCCGUCUACUCCUCCGCGCCCAUGGAUCUGAGCAUCGCCGCCGAUGCCUACGGCUCAUAUGUCCAGCGCGCGCCCAGCCAAGAGCUCUAUACCAGCCCCAGCACCAUCAGCUACGAGCCUUCAUUAUACACUGCCGAUAACACCUACAUCAUGAACGGGCCUACCUCUCCUGGAAUGUACGGCGACGAUUAUCUGCCCUCGUCCGGCCUGUCCACUGCCUCGGCGCCUUCUGCUCCUUCGUCCGCUGUCGGAUCUCCCUUGUCAAACCAUGGCCAGAUCAUGGGAGACUGGACUGUGCAAGGCCUCGGUAUCCAGCCGGGCAUCGCCAACAGCGACUUUGUCGAGUUCUCAGCCUUUGGCCCCAACGGAUUGGACGACAUGUCGGCCUUUGAGUUUGCCAGCCUGGCGCACCCCAAGGGCUUUGUUGGUAAGUUGUUUUCUCUACUAGAUCCUUCUCUGAUCCAUCCGGAAAUCUCCAGCCGGCCAAUGGCCAUUCCCUCUUAUGAGACUCACUACCAGCCUGCCGCCCCUCAGUAUCCCACUUCUCCUUCUGCGCUCUCAUCCUCUCCUCAACCUCAUAUGAUUCGCACCGGCAGCUCCUCGCCAUACCUGCAGAACGGAUCCUUUCAGCCAGCCACAACCUACAACACCAGCCCGUAUGCGACAUCAACCACCAUGACUCCCGGAGCCGGUGUUGGACCUCGCCGCCUGAGCAUGAGCAAGGCCAGCAACAGCGGCAGCAACUUCAUCUCCCCCGUCUCCGCCGACUACCCCAGCGGCGAUGAGAUCAAGGAGAAGCACAUGUGCACCUAUCCCGAGUGCGGCAAGACCUUCAAGGAUCUCAAGGCGCACAUGCUCACUCACCAGACUGAGCGACCCGAGAAGUGCCCCAUCAUGACGUGUGAAUACCACGUCAAGGGGUUUGCUCGCAAGUAUGACAAGAACCGCCACACCUUGACCCACUACAAGGGCACCAUGGUCUGUGGCUUCUGUCCCGGAUCUGGCUCCGCGGCUGAGAAGUCGUUCAACCGCGCAGAUGUCUUCAAGAGACACCUGACUGCCGUCCACGGCGUUGAGCAGACUCCCCCCAACAGCCGCAGAAGAGCUUCCGGUGCCGUCGCGCCAAAGACUCUCGCUGGCUAUGCCCCCGACGCCACUGGCAAGUGCAGCACCUGCUCGCAGACCUUUACCAAUGCUCAAGACUUUUACGAGCACUUGGACGACUGUGUUCUGCGCAUUGUUCAGCAGGAGGACCCCGCCGAGGCCAUCAACGCAAAGCACCUGUCCAAGGUUGCUGACGAUAAGGACGUUCACCAGACUCUGGAGAAGAACAACCUUCCUGCCACCACCCAGACUUCUGUGACCGAGGACGACGAGGAUGACGACGACAUGGCUGACGACGACGAGGCGGACGAUGUUGCCAAGUCGGCCUAUUCGUCUUUGAAGAAGAAGAACUCUCUCAACCGCGUCUCCAAGUCUCGCGGCAUGACCCACUCCCGAGGUGGUGUUCCCUUGUCUACCAAGUCGCGUGGUCGCAACAAGCGCCGCGACUACCCUUCCUCUUGGGGUUUCAACAAGGGACAGAUGACGAUGAAGAAGCGCGUCCUGGCUGUCUUUGACGGCCCUCGACGCCUGGCCAAGGAUGACAUGAUGCUCUCCACCGACCACGAGGUCCGCAUCAAGCUCUCGGAUGGCAAGUCUUAUGUGACCGAUCUUGAUGUCCAGACCUUGAAGCGUGCCGAGGGCUUCCACAACGCUUCCGAUGAUGAGAAGGGCCCUUGGAUCUCCGACGACCCCACGGAGGAGCAGCUCAAGGAGAUGCAGCGGAUGCUGGACACCGGUGCUUCUGACUUGUAAGUUGGAAGGGCUACUACUCUCGCCCGAGAGAAAAGAAGAAACUCGAAUUGAAUCAAUACUUGAUAACAUGACUUUUAUAAAGCAUGGCAGACGGCGCAUGGGAUCUCU